GGUUAACGAAUUUGAAUUUGAUAGUUUUGUCGACCUUGUUUAGGUUACAAUUACAUGUUUUACAAUACCGCAAAAGUCAAAACUUAAAGCAAAGAAUAAUAAUUUGCAUUUAUCACAAUAAAACCGAACUAUGUCAGUGUUUUCUACGUCAUUUUUAUCUUAAAGAAGAUUUAAGUUAGUCAUCAUAAGCCGCCGCCGAAAUGGAAAUGGAAACAAAAAGUGAAAUUUUCUCGAAGAGACUUAUUACUGCAGUGUUAUGGAACAUCGGACUCCAAAGUUUUCUCGCAGUUGUACUGGUAUUUUUGAUACAAGUCGACUUCCUGCACCCUGUCUCAUGGAUCACUUCAACUCUCCACGAAAUAUUUGGUUGGAAGAUGGGUUUGAAUAUCGUGCUUCUUGGAUUAGUCUCAUUUUUUCAAGCCUACGUUUAUGGAAGCUACUAUAUGAUGCCACUACCUAAAUACUUUACGAGAUUCUCGAUGUUUUUGAAUAUGUUUUCAGUACAAAAUGCCAUGUUCAGUAUACUGUACGCAUUGAGUGGUUACUUUACUAUGGGCUUGUAUUCUUCGUUGGCUAAAAGCAAUUACAAUGUUUUGAAGAAGAAAUGUGACUUUUAUGAUGGCCAAUGUUUGGUGGAACAAAGUCUCUUUCUGCAGUUUGGAGGAAUGUGGAUGGGUUUAUACUAUUUCCUGAAUAUUCACAUAUUUGGAACUACAUUGUUGAUGUUCCCUCACAUUUAUCAAGACAAGUUUCAACAAAUCAAGCUAGCCAUCAAUAACAUUCUCUCAAUGGGAUUUAGAAAUUCCAUAAUGCCAGUGGCAUAUUAUUGUGCAUUCUAUUAUUUGUGGGGGAAUAAACCUAGGAGUGUAGUGUCCGAGGUGUACAGUUUAUACUUGGAAGAUCCUCCUUUAGACAAUGUUGUAAACUUGAUGAGGUCUGGCAUCUGGAUUGGUCUUUGGUUCUACACAAGUUUAUUCUUUGUGUCAGUUUACACAAUGAGAACUGUUUUUAAUAUAAUACUUACUGAACCAAUGAAAUUUCCUAUUGAGUCAACAAAAACUUUAGUGCUCCAUAAUGCAUUGGCUUUGAGGUCACAGUUUAAUGGAUAUCUAGGAGCUCAAGAUUUAAAAAUUAUGUCCAUGACUGAUAGUGCAAGACGGCAGGAAAUAUUUACCUUGUCUCAACCCGGAGGACAUCCCAGAAAUUGGAAUAAUUUGUUAGAGCAGUGUAUCAGCAUUAUCAACGAUUUUAGCAAAGAAUUAGAUGCUGUCAAUGGAGAUGCAAAAACAAAUGAGCUUGAGAAAUCUGCUGCAAUCAGAAAUAUUGGGAAUGUGUCCACUAGUAAUGGUUUCACAUAUUCUGGCAAUAUAAGAAAUAUGGCACAUUCACCCAAAUUAAAGGAUAUUAAAAAGCAUAACAUGGAUGCAGAGGAAGAUUCUCUUGGUGAUAUUAUUAAACAGGAAUUUAACAUUUUCCUUCAUAAGCUGUGUCAAAAACCUGGUAUCAGUUAUUUGUUUGGAGAACUGACAGACACAAAAUUAAAGUUCCUGUUGAUGCAGGCUCAGCCUGUGAUGUGGACUUGUGAAGGUUUGUCCUGUAUUGCUGCAGCCUCCUUGAAUGAAGAUAAAUAUGGAGUGGUACAGAAUGACUUGCCUAUUGUGAUAUCUACAUUAAUUAAUCUCAAACAAAACUUAGAUAAAUUGACAAAACCUGGCCUGGUGCCGAGGAAGCAUAUGCUGAAUGAUGUUUAUGCCAUCAAAAUGAAGACUGCUUUGAUCUCAUCAGUAAAAAGAAGUAUUUAUAAGAUUGCCAUCACAUUCUCAAAGUACAUUCAUGAAAUACCUUUGGAUUCAGAUAUUCAAGUUGCAUUGCAGCCAUUUUUGAUGUGUAAGGAAGCAUGAUUGAUAAGGAUUUGAUGACUGUGCAAGGACAAUAAUAAACGGUUUCAUAACAAAACAUUUCUAAUUUUGAUUGUGAGUGAAAUAAAACAAGUUUAUAAAAACAAA